AUGAAUGACGGCUACCAUGGCUAUCCUCCUCAUGCCCGGCCUCAUGACCCAUAUGUCGACGACCUAAAUGCUAACUUUGACAACCUCUCUCUUCCUGCUUCAGCACCCCUGAGGAACACAAGCCCAAAUACGUAUCCGCGACCCGGUCCGCCCGGCCAGUAUGCGAAUCAAGGUCCCCAACCAGGUCCCCCGCUGAGGAACUAUGGUGAUGCGCCAAGACGACCCCCGCCAGGUGCGGGCGCUGAUGGCUGGAACGGGCGCCAACCCCCACAAUCUAUGCAACGACGUCCAGGUCCGCCGGCAGGACCACCUCCAAACAAUUACGGGCGGGCACCCCAUAAUACCCCCUACAGGAACCCGGCGGGUCGUGGGCAAUACCCAGCUCCGCCUCCCGCCCAGUUUCAACACCAAAGCCAUGGCCAGGGCCCGGGUCCCGUGCCCACCCAAUUCCAUCGACCUCGUCCACCUCCGCCGGGGAUGAGUGAAUAUAGUAACCAAGGAGGGGGUGGUGGUAUCAGUGGCGGCAUGUGGGCUGGUCAGCAAGCCGGUCGCCAGCCCGCAUCAGGAUACGAUAGACAAGCUGAUGCUCCUCUUAAUAGUUUUAGCAGAAGUAAGACAAUGCCCUUCCGUGGUCAUCCACAACGUGAAAACCAAGAAUUUUCACAGGGACCUGGAGACUCGGGAUAUUAUGGAGGAACCAACUAUGAAGGAUCGUACGAUAUAGCUACCAAUCCGCCAUAUAAUAAUUUUCACGGCUAUACUCAAUCCGAAGACCCCAAUAGUCGAGGAUUGGAUCCAACAAGGGGCAGCGUCGGUGAUGUCCUCGAUUUGUACACAUACGAUGACUCCUACGGCACAAAUGGCUACCACGAUGCGCGGUCUAACAGCCUUCAACAGGGAAUGCAUCGUAAUGAGAAUGGCCAUGAUGUAGACCCGCGGUACAUUUACGACCCACACCAGCUACCAGUGCCCGAAAAUUCGCAAGCCUACCGCUCAAAAUCACAACCAAACCUUCGUGGUGACGGACUUCUUGCCAGAUCCUAUACUGCACCCUUCCCACCGCCACUUCCACCCCAGCAGCAUCAUUGGAACGAGCAAGGCAAUAGCAAUCCCGGGGCCCAUAAUAACUCUGCCAACUAUGGUAACCGCCCUCCGUUUAGAAUUAAUGAAGCUAGUAACCAGCCAACUCCCAAUUUUGAAAAUGGCAAUGUAUCGUCGUCGCGCCCGCCCCCCCAGCGGGUUUAUCCAAACCAAACCAUCAUAGGUAACACAGGUCCAACUCGAACGCCAGUAGGAACACUCGAACCUUCGAGGAUGGUACCUUCGGAUGACCCCGAUGCCUUGCCCGAGCACCCAGCACCGAUUCGCCCAGGUCUUUCAGGUGAUAACGCUUCAAUAAGAUCUGGGAUCAGCCAGAAUGGUUCCACAAUUACUCAGAAUAAUCCCUCCGCCAUGGACGGCAAGAUGAGUAUCCACGACCUCGGCCCUGUAACUUUUGAUAUGCUCAACUUGAUGAGAAACGAGAUUGCUAGUAGGCCAGUAAAUCAACCUGUUAAUGCCAGCCUGCAGUUCCGAUUUGCGCGAAGGCUCGUUGAGGCGUCCUUCUCACUGGUAAAUGAUACAGAUCCUAAGGCCGCUCGGCGGAGCCGGGAAAACUUUACACUUGAAGCACAUAAAAUAAUUAAGAAACUUUCAUCUGGGACGCACCCUUACCCAGAAGCAAUGUUUUACUUGGCCAACUGUUACGGCGAUGGAACACUUGGAUUAGAAGUGGACCAUGACCGAGCCUUUUCUUUAUACCAAUCAGCGGCUAAACUCAACCAUCCACCAUCGGCAUAUCGAACUGCGGUCUGUUGCGAAAUUGGCGCAGGAACGAAGAAGGAACCCCAGAAGGCAUUCCAAUGGUAUCGCAAAGCUGCCACAUUUGGCGACACAGCUGCUAUGUACAAAGUGGGCAUGAUUCAGCAUAAGGGCCUGCUCGGCCAGCCACGGAAUGACCGUGAGGCUAUAGUUUGGCUUAAACGGGCAGCGGAGCAAGCCGACGAGGGCAAUCCUCAUGCCUUGCAUCAACUCGGUAUUUUGUAUGAGUCGGCGGAUGGAAAUGGAAGUAUCGUAAGAGAUGCAGCAUAUGCGAAGGAACUUUUUACAAAAGCAGCAGAACUUGGAUACCCACCAUCGCAAUAUUUAUUAGGCACUGCAUACGCAUACGGGACUCUAGGCUGCCCAAUCGACGCCAAACUGUCAAUUACGUGGUACAGCCGGGCUGCAUCCAAUGGCGAUGCGGAAUCGGAGCUAGCUCUGGCUGGCUGGUACCUCACUGGUGCCGCGGGGAUUCUAGAACAAAACGAUACAGAAGCAUACCUUUGGUCACGUAAAGCGGCGGAGCAGGGGUUAGCCAAGGCGGAAUAUGCAGUCGGGCAUUUGACCGAACUAGGGAUUGGACUAGACGGGAAAGGGAGCGAUGAAGAAGCUAGGAACUGGUACUUUAGGGCCGCAGGUCAGGGCCAUACCAAAGCGAAGGAAAGAUUGGAGGAAAUGCGGAGAGGGGCCCCUAAGAAGACCCGCGAAAGGCUUUCCCGGAAUAAUAAAGCGAAGGACGACGCGGAUUGUGUGGUAAUGUAG